AAACAAGAUUGGGUAAAAAAUCGAUUUAGUCUUGCAACACCGAGUUAACCUCGUAACUGUAGUAUGUUUUCCUUGUACUCUUGGUAAAUACGCUCUCGUGGUUCAGCCAAUCACAAACCAGAUUCCAACAGGCGGUACAAUCUUCUAUUGGCUAAGAACUUCCACGCUCAAACUCGGUCACGUUAGAAAAAAAACAGGAGUUAAUUCAUAAAUUUGUCAAUUUGUCAUACGCGUCGGAGAUGUGUCAGUGGGUGAUCGUUGCCGUGUACAUAUUUGUGUCGUAAAUGUGGUGUGUUUCAGUGAUAAUGAGAAAACCUACGCUGGACACCAUUAUUAUUAAGUGAUGAAUGCUUAUUAAGUUUAGUGUCUCGUUGUAAUUGUUUUCAUUUGUAUGUCAUCGGACUUGGCAACAUGGCGGCCCCCCGUCAAAAAUCACAACAGAAAAACAUCUCUUCGAUAUUUUCGAAACUACACGGCGCCUUUUCCGGCGCCGUGUGCCCUACGAAGUUGGCGACGGAUAAGAGAACCUUGAAUAAGACUUGGGAAUUGAUGGAUAAAGUGGUUAAACUGUGUCAGCAUCAUAAGAUGAACUUGAAAAAUAGUCCUCCUUUCAUUCUAGAUAUUUUGCCGGACACAUAUCAGAGAUUGCGUAUUAUUUAUUCUAAAUAUGAGGACAAUAUGCAGGCGCUGAAUAGCAAUGAACAUUUUAAUAUAUUUAUUAUUAAUUUGAUAAGGAAGUGUAAGCAGGCUAUAAAGUUGUUUAAAGAGGGCAAAGAAAAGAUGUUUGAAGAGAAUUCGCACUACAGGAGGAAUCUAACCAAGCUUAGUUUGGUGUUUAGCCACAUGCUGAGCGAGCUGAAGGCUAUGUUCCCGAACGGCACGUUUGCUGGUGACCAGUUUCGCAUAACGAAGAGUGAUGCUGCAGAGUUCUGGAAAACUAACUUUGGAAACAGCACCCUGGUCCCAUGGAAGCUGUUUAGAGAGGAGCUGAACAACGUGCAUCCUAUAUCAUCAGGCUUGGAAACCAUGGCCCUCAAGACGACCAUCGAUCUCACCUGCAAUGACUUCAUAUCUAAUUUCGAGUUUGAUGUCUUUACUAGGUUAUUCCAGCCUUGGAGCACGUUGCUACGGAACUGGCAACUCCUGGCCGUGACGCAUCCCGGCUACGUCGCGUUCCUCACUUACGACGAGGUCAAAGCGAGGCUGCAGAAGUACAUACACAAGGCUGGCAGUUAUGUUUUUAGAUUAUCGUGUACAAGACUGGGCCAGUGGGCAAUAGGGUACGUGACCGUGGACGGUGAGAUACUCCAGACUAUCCCGCAGAACAAGAGUUUGGUGCAAGCGCUCCUCGACGGGUACAGAGAGGGAUUCUACCUAUACCCUGACGGGAGAGACGUUAAUCCAGACCUGAGCAGCGCCAUUAUAUCUCCGGCUGAAGACCAUAUUACCGUCACUCAAGAACAGUACGAACUUUAUUGCGAGAUGGGAAGCACGUUUCAACUGUGUAAGAUCUGCGCCGAAAACGACAAGGACAUCAGAAUAGAGCCGUGUGGACAUCUACUCUGUACACCGUGUCUCACCGCUUGGCAAAUUGACUCAGAAGGCCAGGGCUGUCCAUUCUGCCGCGCGGAAAUCAAGGGCACGGAACAAGUUGUAGUGGAUGCCUUCGUACCGCCGCGGCCGCCUAACACUUCAGGCGAAAAACACACAAAGACUGCUGUUAAACAAGUAUCUUCGAAUUCGUCAGGUUCAUCAGGGUCCUCGGGUUGCAACGGAUCAAGUGUGGACGUCACAAUAUCGAGCAACGCGACCGCCAACGGCUGGUCGUCCAGGAACACCACUUUCAACGGGCUCACCGACGACAUCGACGAUGCAGAGGACUGGUCGGAGUUCAACGCGGCCCUGUCUAGUAUCGCGGCGCUGCGCCCCGCUCGCUCGCCCGUGGCGUCCCCGCGACACUCCCCGCGCGCCGCGCGCCGGGGGGCGGGGGCUGGGGCGGGGACGGGGGCGGGGGCGCGCGAGAACGCGUACGGGGAGCUGCGCGCGCCGCCGCUCCCGCCGCGCAAGAGCCUGUCGCCCGCCGACGGCGGCAUGGCGGCCGCCACCAGCGUGCAGGACAUCGCGCAAGCCUCCGCCGCUGCACAAGAGCCGAGAAGAAGGUCAUCAUUAGAACCCGAACCCGACUCGAGGCACCGGCUGACCUCCAUCAUAACUGGGUCCACGGAAACUAUUACUGGCAUCAUUGACACGCGGCACGAGGUACCACCCGACCCGAGAGCAUUCGAGAAGCCUCGACGAGCGAACACGCCACAAUCCAACAGCCGACCCCUCCCCGCACCGCCUCCCGAUAACGCCGACGACCGACCCGACAGAUCGGACAGACUACCCGAAAGAUCGGACAGAAUACCCGAAAGAUCGGACAGAAUACCCGACAGAUCGGAUAGAUUACCUGAAAGAUCGGACAGAAUACCCGACAGAUCAGACAGACUACCCGAAAGAUCAGACAGACUAUCCGAAAGAUUGGACAGACUACCCGAAAGAUCGGACCGACUACCCGAAAGAUCGGACAGACUACCCGAAAAGCUACCCGAAAGAUCAGAAAGGCUACCCGAAAGAUCGGACAGAGUACCAGACAGAUCGGACCGACCCGACAGAUCGGACAGACUACCCGAAAGAUCGGACAGACCCGAUCGAUCGGGCGAAAGAACUGACAAACCAGAAAGGCUCCCAGAAAGAGAAAGAAUACCAGAGAGAGAAAGAAUACCCGCACCAACGGAAAGAGAACACAGGCCUGUCCCGGCGGAACGCGUUCUCGAUAGAAUACCCCCCGUGCCGGCAGAAAGAGAGCAUAGGAUAGAAAAUAGAAUACCAGAAAGAGAUAGGGUGCCCGUCCCGGACAAUAGAGAGAAAGUAGUGCCUUCAGAUAGACUAGAAUUCCCACCAGUAAUACCAGAGAAACCGGACAGGAUAUUUGACAGGGUAGAAAACAGAGCACCGCCGAGACAAAGGUCGUUGCCCUCAAGCACUAGUGGGGGGGACAUCCAACCAACCAAGUCCACGACGAUGCCAAAGUUCCCGUCGGAAGAGAAAGAUCCGCCCUAUGAGAAUGUGGCGGCGGAGAGGAAUGAACUCGCUGUUGCACCCAAAAAAUUCAACCCCCUAACCCACGACAAGAACGGCCGAAAGUACGGUGAGAACGUCUCGUACGAAAACAUUAAUUUAGACUACAUCGCUCGGCUAGUAGGCGAGGGUUACCCCAAAGAUAUAGUUGUACGAGCAUUAGGCAUCACUAGGAACGAUUUGGAAAUGGCGUGUGACAUUUUACACGAAUUCGGGUCGAAGGUGUCAAAUAAGUGCUAGUUUUAAUUUAGUUCAAUCGCUUAGGAAAUGAUGGGGAAACGUUAGACUAAUUUUACCCUAUGUCCCAUAUUUGGAACAUACGAUGUCGCAUAAUGUUCUACAUUUGGAACAUGGUUUAAACUUUAACCUUAUGUGCCAUAUUUGGAACACGCUCGCUGGUCUAAUAAGUUCGUGUGGUAUGCACCCUUCCUGAAUUUAUAGUACAAACAUUGUUAUGAAUUGAUGUUUAUAAUAAACUUGCGAGUUGCGAGUGUGAUUAAUGUGUUCCAAAUAUGGUACAAAUUGUAAAUUCAAAUUGUUUAUGUAAAAU